UUUUUUUUUUUUCUUUUUUUUUUCUUUUUUUUUUUUUUUUUUUAUUUCUCUUUUUUUCUUUCUUUCUUUUACAUAUUUCUCUCUCGUUCUUAUAUAAAUAUAAAAAUAUAUAUAUAUAUAGUUACUCAUGGGAUGCUGUUUAUCUAGUCAAUCUAACUCAAAUCGAACUACUGUCACUGGUGGGAAACCUUUUCGACGUAAUAAUAUACAAUGGACUUCAGACAUUCCUAUAACACAUACACGACUAUUAGAACAAAGAUCUACUUUUUGGGAAACGGCUCCGUUUUAUGAAGGUCGACCUGAAAUAUGGCAAGCUAUUCAAGCAGCUAUUACUUGUGAUGAUAUUAUUCUUGCACAGUCCAUUUUAGAUGCUGCAAAUAUUAAGCUACCUACUGGAAAUCCUGCAGAUGGUUGUUAUGAUGAACUUGGUACUCGUUAUGAUAUUCCAUUAUAUUGUUUAGUAGAUCCUACUAAUCUUUUACCUGAUGAAGAAGAAGAAGAAGAAGAAGAACAACAUGAUGUAUCAUCUAUGAUUCAACAUUCAUCACCAAUAGCAACAUCAACAAAACUUCAAAAAACAAUUAGUAGUGUUUCAUCCAUGAUUGAUUCAUCAUCAACAAAAGAAUCAUUACAUCAUAAUGACAGUCAACUCCCAACACAACAAGAUGCUGGUGAUCAUCCUAUUAUUAUUCGAUUAUCAACUGGCAAAGAUAUCCCGUUGAAGAUUAGUGCUACUCAAGAAACUGUGCCAUUAUUAAAAUCUCGUAUCUUUGCUGAUCCAAAUGCUCACCUGACUCCUGAUACCCAUCAUUUGCGACUCAUUUAUCUUGGCAAGAUUCUUGAUGAUCAUACUUCUAUCAUUGGCGAUUUUACUCUCACCACUACUUCUCCUUUGGAAAAGAAUACUGUCAAGUUACGCGCUGGUGCCGUCGUACAAGCUCUAGUUAUUUCAAAGGAAUCUUAGUAUAGUUAUUAUAUUAUACACAUUUUUUUUUUUUUGGUAAAUAAAUGCACUGGCGUUCUGUUGGAGCUUUUCAAAUA